AUGACCAUCGAAGCGACCGUUUUCAAGGGCUCCGCUAACUCUGGCAUUGUCGAAGCCAAAAGCAUUCUGCAAAACCCAACAGGCACCAAAGUACUUGUCCGCGUCACGCAUUCAGGCAUCUGCGGUACCGACGAGCAUCAUAAACAUCUCGAUAUGGUCCUUGGCCACGAAGGUGUCGGUGUCGUCCAAGAGAUCGGUGAUGGUGUCCGUGCAUUCGCAGUCGGGGACGUUGUUGGCUGGGGUUAUAUUCACAAAACAUGUGGCCGGUGUGUGCACUGCCUGAAAGGCGAAGACAACUACUGCCGCACCGAUAUUGAGAUGUACGGCUACCACAACCUCAAUCAAGGCUCUUUUGGCUCGCAUGCGGUCUGGGACGAAUCCUACCUGUUCAAAAUUCCUGCUGGUCUCGCACCAGAAUACGCCGCUCCUCUGAUGUGUGGUGGCGCCACCGUCUUCCAGGUCAUCGAAGAGUUCAAAAUUCGAUCUAUUGACCGUGUUGGAGUGAUUGCGCUUGGUGGCCUGGGCCAUAUGGCUGUCCAGUUCCUUGUGAAGAUGGGUGCAGAGGUGGUCGCUUUUUCGAGCACACAUGCCAAACGCGAGGAAGCGCUGAGCCUUGGCGCGAAGGAGUUCUUUGCGACCAAGGGUGUGGAUAAAUUCGACACCAAGCCACUUGACCACCUCCUCGUCACAACCAACGCCAUUCCCGACUGGGCCCCAUACCUUUCCAUCAUGAAGUGCAAGGGGGUCAUCUACCCGCUUUGCGUCGACUCCUCUAACCUCGUAUUCCCAAUGAUGGCUGUCCUCAUGAGCGGACUUACCAUCCAAGGCUCCACCGUCGCCAACCGCUCAAUCCAACAUCGUAUGCUCGAGUUUGCCGCUCGCCACGAGAUCAAGCCCCUCAUCGAGCGCUUCCCGCUGACCAAAAAUGGCGUUGAGGACGGCAUGCAGAAGCUCAGAGAGGGCAAGGUUCGUUAUAGGGCGGUGUUAGUCGCAUAA